AUGCAAGCGCACUUGAGGCCGUCUGACGGUCCUGGUCGCUUCAGCAACGCCACUACACCCCACGAGUGUCGCUCGUCUGGAAAGCGAGGGCCUCGUCUCCAGCCCGGCUGCGGCCGGGCACCUGGCGUCCACCACGGGCGUGCACAGAGGGUGCAGCGGUGGAAGAUCCCAACUCAUGUCAUCUACUCGCAGAACGCACGUGGGCUCAAGACCGACAGCGCUCUCACCGAGGCUAUCGACGCUCUCCGACACCGCUCAGGCUUCUCUGCCGGGCUGCAGGAGACGUGGAGAACGGGCCUGGAGGAGAUUGAGGAGGACGGCUUCGUCUUCCUCGGCGCUGCACCCGCUGUACAGAACGGACGCGGCUCAAAAGGAGUCGGCAUCCUGCUCUCGCCACUGGCUGUCGCUGCGUGGCGAGCAGCUGGAGCCGUUGUGCACAACGACGUAGGCCCGCGGGUUAUCGCAGUGCGUAUGGAGGUUGAAGAUUCGGCUGGCAGGAAGCAGGGACUGUUUCAAGUGGCGUCGUAUGCGCCUAUCUCGACAGCCCCGGACACCGAAAAGGACGAAUAUGAGACCGCUCUCGCCUGUGUGCUCUCGCGACGGCAGUCCGGCGACAUUGUGAUUGUUUGUGCUGACACUAACGCGAGCAUCGGACGCGGCUGCCUUGGCGGCCAAAAUGUCAACUACGGUGCGGUCGGUUCUCAUGGUAUCGACUUUCUCAAUGACUCUGGGCGCCGCCUGCGCUCGUUUAUGGAGCUGCACGACCUUGCUGCACUGUCCUCGUUCUUCAAGAAGCCGUUUUACGGGACGUGGCUGCACCCGUGCAGUAAGCUGCAGAAGCAGCUGGAUCACAUCAUGAUCUCUCGAUGCGACUUGAAGAGAUUCACAGACGCCGGGGCAUGCUGUGGACAGUUGAUCGACAGCGACCACAGUGCUGUCUUCUGCAAGCUGCGCUUCACAGUGCGGCUUCGACGCAAACUGGAGCCGCGUGCUCAGCUCGCUCGACUCGACACCGCACCGUUGCUGAACCAGGACCAGGCGGUCCAGUUCGCUACGGAUGUGGUGACGAGCCUCGGCACAUCCGACGCCUCGGCCGUAUCGUACUCAACACUGGCCAAGGCGGUGGAAAAGACCGCUGCCGAGACGCUCCCCAAGCGUGAGCGGCCUGCGCCGCUGUGGUUUGCGGCGAAGGAGGGCGUUUUGCGUGCCGCCAUCGCGAACCGCAACGCCACCUUCAACGCUCAUCAGCGGCAACCGACGGCGGACGCUGCCGCUCGAUAUCGACAGGCGCGCUCACGCGUGCAGCUCGAAAUCAGGCGUGCCAACAUGAGCAUGCGCACGCCGCACGGCUACGUCGAGGGCGCGAUCUGCAUCGAGGCGCCGCGCCGGCAGCGGGACGUCGGCACGCAGGCGUGA